UUCAACAAUCAUAGCUUCAAAGUCUCACAUUUCUCAAUUUUAAAUUCCCUGGUGUUUCCUGUUCACUCUUAAUUCUCGCACGUGACAAAGCGGAGGAGCUCUGCAAUCUCUCUCUCCAAUUAUCAUCACCUUCGGAUGAUGGAAUGCUGAAAAAGCUUCCGCUCACUGCCUCUCAAUGCUAGCCCCAAAACAUCUCCCAUGGCGACUGCUUCCCAGCUAACACUCGCCGCAGCGCCUCUCUUCCUCCUCCUCUCCCUCUCCAUCUCCAUCUUCUCAGGCGCCGUCCACAGCGCCACGGACCCGACUGAUUCAGCCGUGCUGAAUCAGUUCAGAAAAAAUCUCGAAAAUGCGGAGCUCCUGCGAUGGCCUGCCAAUAACAAUGACCCAUGUGGGCCCCCCAGCUGGCCGCACGUUUUCUGCUCAGGCGGAAGGGUCACUCAGAUUCAGGUGCAGGGCUUAGGCCUCAAAGGCCCUCUGCCGGAAAACUUCAACCAAUUGUCUAAUCUCUUCAACAUCGGCCUUCAGAGGAACCAAUUCAGCGGAAAGCUGCCGUCUUUUGCCGGUUUAUCUCAAUUGAAGUAUGCCUAUUUGGACUACAACGAAUUUGACUCAAUCCCAUCUGAUUUCUUCGACGGCCUCGUUAAUUUGGAGGUGAUGGCAUUGGAUUACAACCCUCUCAACGCCACCGCCGGCUGGUCCCUGCCGCCGGCGCUCCGGGGCUCCGCUCAGCUCACGAAUCUCACAUUGAUGAGCUGCAAUUUGGCCGGACCGCUGCCGGAGUUUCUAGGGAACAUGUCGUCGUUGCAGAUUCUGAGGCUGUCGAAAAAUCGGCUCUCCGGGAGCAUCCCGGCGAGCUUUAGGGGCUCUGUUGUUUCACAGCUUUGGUUGAAUGAUCAAGCUGUGGGAAUGUCUGGUUCAAUUGAGAUUGUUUCCACUAUGAUUUCCCUCACUAGCCUCUGGCUUCAUGGGAAUCACUUCACAGGUAGAAUUCCUGAAAAUAUUGGUGAUUUGGUUUCACUGCAAGAUCUUGACCUCAAUGGCAAUGAUCUUGUUGGCUUGAUUCCUGCUGGUUUGAGUGAAAUGGAAUUUGUUAGGCUUGAUUUGAAUAACAAUCACUUUUUGGGGCCUGUGCCUAAAUUCACUGCUGCUAAUGCUACUUAUAAAUCAAAUCCAUUUUGUUUGCCUAAUCCUGGAGAUCUUUGUGCCCCUUCUGUGAUGGCUUUGUUAGAGUUUCUUGAUGGUGUGGAUUACCCGUCUAGGCUCGUGGGCUCGUGGUCAGGUAAUGAUCCGUGUAAGUCGUCUUGGUUGGGAGUAGGGUGUGAUCCUAGUGGAAAGAUCAUUACUUUAAACUUGCCUAAUUCUAAUCUUUCUGGUGUGUUAAGCCCUUCCAUUGCCAAUCUUCAAUCCUUAACUCAUGUGUAUCUUCAGUCUAACAAUAUCUCUGGUGUGAUCCCAACAAAUUGGACUAGUUUGAAGUCUUUGGCAGUGUUGGAUUUGAGUGACAACAAUCUUUCUCCUCCUCUUCCGAAGUUAAGUGGAGUGAAGCUUGUUUUAGGUGGGAAUCCCCUUUUAAAUCCAUCUCAAAACAAUAGCACAUCAUCUCCGAAUCUAAAUUCCUCGUCUAGCUCUCCUUCCUCGUCCGAUGCUUUCAAUACCACACGCCAUCCCACAGCACGGAAGCGUUUGAAUAAGCUGUAUGUGAUUGUUGCUCCAGUUGCUUGCUUUUCAGUUAUUAUAUGCUUAGUUCUGCCUCUUUCAAUGUACUUGUGUAAGAAGAGGAGAGGCAGGCUCCCUCAUCCUGGCUCCCUCGUGGUGCAUCCGAGGGCUCCCUCUGAUUCAGGCAGCACGGUCAAGAUUGCGGUCGCGGAUAACACAAACAGGAGUGCUUCCUCCCCGACCACUGCCAGUGUGAACAGCGGCCAGUCUCAUGUGAUUGAGGCAGGGAACUUGGUGAUAUCGGUCCAAGUUCUUCGAAAUGUGACCAAGAACUUUGCCCCCGAGAAUGAACUGGGGCGUGGUGGGUUUGGGGUGGUUUAUAAGGGGGAGUUGGAUGAUGGGACCAAGAUAGCAGUGAAGAGGAUGGAGGCAGGCGUGAUAAGCAACAAAGCGUUGGAUGAGUUCCGAUCAGAGAUCGCUGUGCUAUCCAAAGUUCGCCAUAGGCAUUUGGUUUCUCUGCUGGGAUUCUCUGUUGAAGGGAAUGAGAGGAUUCUGGUUUAUGAGUACAUGUCUGAGGGGGCUCUGAGUAGCCAUCUUUUCCAUUGGAAGAAAUUGAAUUUGGAGCCUCUUUCUUGGAAAAGGAGGCUGAAUAUUGCCCUUGAUGUUGCUAGAGGGUUGGAAUACCUUCACAAUCUUGCUCAUCAAAGCUUCAUACACAGAGACCUAAAGCCUUCUAACAUUUUGCUUGGUGAUGAUUUCCGCGCAAAGGUCUCAGAUUUUGGCCUCGUGAAACUGGCCCCGGAUAGGGAUGGGGAGAGGUCUGUCGUCACACGCCUUGCUGGGACUUUCGGAUACCUUGCCCCCGAGUAUGCUGUUACUGGUAAGAUCACAACCAAGGCGGACGUGUUCAGCUUUGGCGUUGUCCUAAUGGAGCUGCUGACUGGAAUGAUGGCGCUUGACGAGGACAGGCCUGAGGAGAGCCACUACUUAGUCGCAUGGUUCUGGCAGAUAAAAGCGAGCAAGGAGAAGGUGAUGGCUGCAGUGGACCCAACGCUAGACAGAAAGGAAGACGUCUCGGAUAGCAUCAGCAUCAUUGCUGAGCUGGCUGGGCACUGCACGGCCAGAGAGCCAGGGCAGCGGCCUGAUAUGGGGCACGUUGUGAACGUGCUGGCUUCCCUCGUUGAGAAGUGGAAGCCACUGAAGGACGAAGAUGAGGAGUAUUGCGGGAUUGACUACAGCCUUCCGCUUAACCAGAUGGUGAAGGGGUGGCAGGAGGCGGAAGGGAAGGACGUGAGCCAUAUGGACCUCGAAGAUAGCAAUGGCAGCAUCCCGACGCGACCUGCUGGAUUCGCGGACUCCUUCACUUCAGUCGAUGGCCGUUAGUGUUAGCUAUAUAUCAUAAGGAUGAUGUUCGUUGAUUUUUUUUUUUUGUUCUUUCGUUUUGUAUUGGUGUAGAUAGAUUGUGUUGUUGAUCAUUUUUGUUUUUGUGAUGUUGUAAGCAGUUUUUUUUUGUUUAUUUAAUUUGACUCUGCUUUUGUUGUUUGGUGUUAGAGUUACAUUGUUUGGUGCCUA